GGUAAAAAGUGUAUCAAGGCAGUGCAGGAGUUUUUUUUUUUUUUUUUUUAAAGUGUAAAGUUGUAUUUUUAGUAUUUUGUUUCGUGGUAUUGAGAUGGCAGAGUCCUCCGGUAGUACCAGCAGCGGCGGUUCAGGAUCCGGAAAACGGACUACUAAACUUGCUACUUUACCGCCUGGUGACCCUCAACUCAUUGCCUUGAUUGUAGAGCAACUUAAAAGCGGUGGACUUUUUGAUGUUUUCCGCCGGGACUGUCUGGCAGAUGUAGAUACCAAGCCAGCGUAUCAGAACCUGAGGCAGAAAGUUGAUAAUUUUGUGUCUACACAGUUGGAUAAACAAGAAUGGAAUCCUGCCAUGAACAAAAACCAAUUAAGAAAUGGGUUGAGACAAAGUGUAGUUCAGUCUGGAAUGUUAGAAGCUGGAGUUGACAGAAUCAUUUCACAGGUGGUGGAUCCUAAAUUAAAUCAUAUCUUUAGACCACAAAUUGAGAGAGCUGUCCAUGAUUUUUUGUCAUCUCACCAGAACGAUGAGGUGACAUUACCAGAGCUGGAGAAGCAAGACCUCCCUACUUCAAGCCAAGAUGGUGCUUCCUAAGUACUGAGUUAAAACUAUGGCUUAAUUUUUUGAUGCACUGUGAGGAAAUUAUCUCCUUGACGUCAUGCUGUUGUCCAUCUCUACGUGAUACAGAUGGGUAUUUCUGCUGGAAUGCAGUAUGGACUUACUUGGGUGUAAGCCAAAGGAUGUUAAAGUAUGCUUGUAAGCUGUAAAGAAGGGGAGAAAAGUGAUGACAUUGUUGAGAAUAGGCUUACAGCAGUGGAUCCAUUUUCACCCCCCAGAAUCUAGUGUUAGCUAUCACUUUAGAUAAACUGAAUCUGUUUGCAGUUUGGUACCCUGCUUGCAUCCUUGUAUUCCCAUGGAGCAGGAUUAAGUUUUGUUUUUAAUUGGUUAAUGUAAAAGAUAAUGGUAGUAGUCAGGAAUCUUGGAGGUUGCAUUUACAUGUUUAUCAACUGUGUUACUUGUGGUACAAGGUAGUGGCAGGAAGUAGACUUGUGAAGAAGUGAUGAUGGAUAUUUAAAUUGCAUUGCUUGUACAGUAGUGUAACUCAGGUAAUUAGUAAAAAGGCACAUUUGCCUGCAACAUUUUAUAAAAUAUUUAUUGUAUUUAUACUUUUUAAAUAAUGCAUAAAAAUGCCAAAGUCUGGGCUUUCGUAGUGCUUCGGGUUUUGUUGUCCGGCAGAUUUAUUGGAAAUCAAUAAACAGUAUCGGAGUAGUUCCAACUGUAAAGUAGGUUUUAUGAAAACACUCCCAUUAUGGAACAUAAUGAGAGAAAAAAAAGCAGCUGCCACAUAUUCCAGUUUGUGGUUGCAUUAAAAUUUCAGGUUUUGAGUAACUUUAGUGUUGUCUUAAAUAAACUUGCAUUGAGAAAUUCUACUUGGUGUCUAAAAACUUAUUGUGAGUAGUUGGACUGUGUCUUACUUGAAGAAUUUCAUUGUAAUGAGCACAUCUAUGGGUGUUUUAACAGAACUUGUCUGCAUUCUUGGUAUUGCCAUUACAUGUAAACAGAAGGUCUGAACUGAAUAGCAGGAAAGAAGUAGACAGCAAGUACAGGGUCUGUGUUCACCCUUUUAGCCUAGCUUGUGAUGGCAUGAUGUGACCUAGCAGGAUGUAUGUGCUUAGUGUUUAGAAGCCGGAGAACUUUCAGAAUUAUGCUGAGCUAAGGAUAAUAGAAGAGGAAAUGCCAAGAGUUGGACACUGCAGUGCUCUUACCAUUAAACAUUACAGAACCAAAGGCAUCAAUAUUUACCUCUACUUGAUUGAUUGCCUUAUCCAUAUCUUCCAUAUUUUGUGUCAACAUUAAACUGCCCUUCAUAAUUACUUGUUUUUGGUAGUUCUGAAGCACUGCCCUUCUUUGCGGCUGAUCCACUGACCCCUUGCCCGCUGCCUCUCUUCUUUGACCAGUUAGGGAUUGAGAGUGGAGUAAUCUGUGGCGGUCAGUGAGAGGUGCAGAGUGUUGAAUCUUCUACAGCCCCAGUGGGGAGGUGCGCCCUGGGAUAGUCAGGUCCGACCUUUUCUUACUUCAGCAGAGCAUCAACUGUCUAAUUUGCACUAGAACUCAAGUAACCACCACCCCUACCCAGCAAGGCUUAGUUGUUGAACUCUUGCUUGGAGUACCAGUUAGCCAUACUGUUGCAGGUCGUUCCUUGCAAGGGAUGACCAUGGUGAGGCCUUGUUUUAGACAUUCAUAUGUUUAUAUGUGGUAGCAUUUGUCCAAGUUUGUGCAGAAGUACUGUUUUGUUGCAUUAAAAAGGUUUUGUUUAGACCUUAUGUUAACCUGAUACUGUUACUGUCUCCAGCGUUUGCCACCCAGUGUACCAGGGCCAACUCACCCAACACCAUUUGUCUGCCUGCAGUUUGUUUGCUAUCUAGCACAUCAGAGGGACACCUUUAUUUUCUUGAGGCAUUUUCCUGUCAGUGGAUUUUAAUAAGAAUUACUGUUUAUCAUGGUUUGUUGAAACCACAUGUUCGUGUAACGUGCAAACCAUUGGAGCACUGUUGAGGGCUUUCACUUUUCCAUUCAAGUGUGCCUGUAGAGUUGGCCCCUAAUCCCUUCUAACUUAUGUAAACCAAGCCCCCCACAUUGGGGUGCAGAGGAAUUUACCCCCUUGCAAAGAUACUUUUAUAUCUGUUUUAUAGCGUUUCUUGAUUAUGAUAAACUCAAAAUGUGACUUCUAGCAUUACAAGACCAAAGACAGGGAAAGCCUUUGAGUGAGGACAGGCUGCUUGUGUGAAGAGUGAGGUAGUUUCUUCUUCCUCUUCAUUUGAAUGGGAUUUGACUGAUACUGAUUUUGUUUUUGAGAUUUGCUGCCAGGAUAAUGAGACCUCCCUUCCUUUGGAUAGUCGAUAUCAGACUUAUGAAGUCCUGUACAGACUUGACUGUAGCCCAUUCUGGGUUAUUUGUUAGAGUGAAGUGCUGUGGGCUGCUGAGACAAAAUCUAUACUACUUUCUAAAUGUAUGCAAGUCUACAGAUCCUCAGAAGAAAAGCUUAAAUCUGUAACGUAUCCUGUGUUUUAUAAAAAGCUGCAUUAACUAUGUUAAAUGCCUAAAAGUCAUCUGUUAAUGGUAUCCUUGUAUAAAAUGUCUAGGUAUUAAGGCAGUAGUUCGUCUUUGUACAUUCAUUGCAACAGAAUGCUGUCUAGUAAUUAAGCAUGAGCAGUUGAGACAUUGCUGAUGUAAAUGGAAAAUGUUUUAAACAGUAUAUAAACUGUAUGUUUGCAGAUUGAUGCUGAACCCCCUCUAAUCAUUAUUUAAAAAGAUCUUCAUCAUGUAACCUGUAUUUAAUAAAUGCUCAUAUUUG